AUCUGUUGCGAGCCAAACAACUUGUAUCUUUUGUAUCUACCAUCUUCGAUAUCCGAAUAACCGUCGAAUGAUAUUACAAUCGAAGAAACAUACAAACAUCGAUCUUAUGCCUCCGUUGGAGUUCACAUGCUACGUUAAUUAUUACAACCACGAAAAAUAAUCGUGGUACCCAAUAAAUAACAAUAACCACGAAAAAAUUAUCGUGGGAUCCAAUCACACAAAACCAAUAAAAAUCAUGUGACCAUAAUAACUAGGUAAGAACGCUGCAAAACAAGGGUUAGCACAGUUCUACGUUCUACCAUCUAUAACCUAUGGACAACAUAAUAGCCUGUUUAAUCCAUACGUGUGAUUAUAGCCGGCUCUGAUACUACUUUUAGGAAACUGAAUCCCCAAGACCCAGUAAUGACGCGUACAGAUUAGACAACAAAAAUUGUAAAAAGCCAUACAAGGCGGAAUUAGGGUUUUACCACAACUCCCGCGUCACGAACGCUAGUUGAACUUGUUACAACACAUCUUGCUGUAUGCUACGAAUACUGCUUGACCGUACCUUACGAUCUUCUGCCAUAUUCCCUUAUACCUUGAAUCACGUACCCGUUUGUGGAAACCCUACGUGAUUGUUUGUUCUCUCUCUCAGCCCACUUUUCUGAUUUCUCAAAAACGUCUUUCUACCUAGAGAACAAAGCGGUAUAUUUAUAGGGCUAGGGCAAGGACCUAAAGAGAAAUAAAUCUGGGCUCCUUGUGUAAAUAAGAAAUCUUAAUCGCACCAGGAUUUUAUUUUUUAUCACACAAAUUACAAUUCACCCCACUACAGAAUUGUAAUUGCACUUCCGUCCUUAUCUCAAUUAUAUUUCGAGUUCCAUGUUAUUAAAUACUUAUUAAUUUCCGAAUGUUAAGAUUACAGAUACUCGUUGAUUAAAAUAAUUACUAACAAGUCCCUCCAAGAUCAAACUCAUCCGACUGAACGUUAAAGAGCCUGCCGCUUGAAAGCUUAACGACGACAGAUCGAAGAAUCACUAGCCCAUCAUGCAUACCGAUCGGGUGAAAUAGGAAUAGGAUAGGAAUUGGUAGAUGACUAUAGAGCAGGAAUUACCUCCGUAUUUGGUAAAAUUACCUCUAAACCAUGUUUCUCAGAUUGAUCCUGUUUUUGGAGCGCUAUAAAUUCUACGGGUCGAUGGGCAAUUGGGUUUGGCGAGACUGAUGGUGGCCAGCCAGAGUGCAGCCGUCAAUGGGGCCCGUUGGAAGGCGAAGAGAAUCUAUAUAUGCAGAUAUGGCCAAAGACGAAGAUGGCAGUGGGUUGUAGAGUGGUUCUCGUCGGGUGCGGUAGGUGGCUAUCAAUCUGGGCUGCUCGACUGGUGGUGGGCAGUCAUGGCUGGGUUUGCUUCUGGGCGACUAAGGCAGAUGGCGAAUCACUUGUCGGACCAUCCUCUCUCACCUGAGAAUGGGGCUUUCCGUCUCAAUUCAGCAUCAGCGAUUCGUCUUCCAGGUUUUGCAUUCUUCACCAUCUGUGUUCGUUACCCAUCAUCAAACAACCCAAUCCACCGAUUUGGGUUGCUCGUCGGAAACAAUAAGUAUUUGUUAGGAAUUUUUGGCCGUACAGGGUCAGAUUUCUCUCAGGCAACGGCAACCUCGGGUUGCUUGCUAGAUAUGGUGGUGUUUUAUUCGGGCUGGCCCUAGUGAUAUACAGGGUCAGUUCAUCAUUCACAGGUCAGUACACCAAUUGGAAGAAAUCUGUGUUUUGACAGUCUAAAUCGUCUGCAAUAUUAUUCUAACCUGAUUCAUAUUGUGACACUCGAUGGGCAGUCAUCUAUUGGACUGAGAUCGGGUUAAUCUGUUUGGCAGUCAUCUAUCUAGAUCUUAGCUACUGAGUUCCAUAGUUAGUUCCAUUGUUGGACAGAAUUAGUUGCAUCGCUAAUGCUCUUUGUUGAGUUUUUUUACAUUCCUAGUUGUAGGGAGGUAUUCCAGAGCACAUACAAUUAGUUGCCGAACACGUGAUAUUUUGGGAGCACGUGGUAAGUAAGACAGGACUUAUCGCUGGGCAGUAUGGUGAACGGCGAUAUGGACCAAUGAUGUGGGAAGUCUUUAAUCUAUGCAGUCUGUUCGGCUAAUUAAAAGGCCAAUGACAAGAGAAGUCAGUGGUGUAAACUAAACUGUUCGGCAGAUAGAGACAUUAUGAUUACGUUUGGUUCAAGUUACAUGUGAAGUAGCUGAUCCAGGAAAUCUGUUCGGCAACGAGUUGGCCGAACAAGGAAAGAACUCCAGUCGAGUAUUAGAGCAUAGGCAACAUUCUGGAAGAAUCCAGAAUGUGUGGUAUUCCGUUAAGGAAUAAGAUCCCGAGAAUAUAGGAUCUGAGAAAGAUAUCCAAUAAGAGUGGGAUGUUCGGCCAGUAAUGGAAAAGAAUCCCAAAGGGACUCUUUUCUAAUGAGCUGAUAAAGGAAACGAGAAUCCUUGAUAUCCUGGGUUUCCUAUAUGAGUUGGGAAUCCUAUGGCAAUAGGGAUGCUUAGGCGCCAAGCAUACGAAUGUCUAUAUAAACAGAGUAAACCUAGAGGUAAAAGGUACGCAAUACAUUGCUUUCUGAUUGCUUUCCUACUGAUAAUUAGGGUUUGAUUGCUAGUACGUGAUACUAACUUUGGCAUCGGAGGGCCUUUGCCACGAGAGGCAAAGGUGCGCUCACCCCCUGUCUAUUUUGCAGAUUAGGGUUCCGACGACGAAUUAGGGUUCCGGUGAAGAGGUACGAAUAAGUCGUUGCAGUCCAGUUGAUCCGAAGCAUCAAUUGUUUUCAUCCCCCUACAAUUGGCGCCGUCUGUGGGAAACGAACCAACUUUUCUGAAAAGUAAACAUGAUGGAACAAGAUCCAGUUACACCGUUUAGUCCGAAGGACCAGUUGGGUGGGGGAGGAGAUAAAUCUCCACCGGGUGCUCCGAGAAAGCCCACUGGUAGACAUAACGGGGAUAACUCCAGAGAAAAAGGAGAUAAAAUCGCUACUGGCUCCACGAGAAGGAGUAGGUCUCAUCGAAGGGAUGAGUCAGUUACCUAUUCAAAAAGUAUACACAAUGAUAAUGAAGUCCUUGAUAAAAAGAGAAGGGAAAUCGAGGAGUAUGCUCGUUUAAUUAAGAAACGAGAGUAUGAGAUACAGGAGUUGCAGCGGAUACGAGAUCACCCAGAAGAUUCUGGACUUUCUUGAAGGAAUUCCCAGAGGGAUGGACGGACUAUGGUAGUCCAUAAGCAGACCCAUUCACGAAGAAGAAGGAGCAGAAGUCCUGUCAUAGGGCGUUAUGAGGCUUCUCCACGAAAAAGGGGAAGAAGAAGUAAAAGCCGAACACCCGAGAGAAGGGCUUCUUCACGAAAAGGGAGGAGCAGAGACAGAAGUUCCACCCCCGAAAAGGAGGGAACAAGGAAACACCAUCGAGACAGGUACGAGAAACCUGAUGCUGAUUGGGCCAAAGCCACGGCUCACAAGUCGAAGGAGUUCGAGGAUGGGACAGUGACUGCACGAGAAGCAGCACGCAAGGCAUUAAGUAAUAUUGCGGCCUCCCCAUUUGCAAAGAGGCUACAAGAAGCUAGGUUGCUGAGCAGAGUAAAGCACGGUACGUUCGUACUUUACGAGACAAAUACGGAUCCCGUAGCUCACAUCCAGCAUUACCAGCAGGCUAUGUUUAUGCACGAGGGAGAUGAUGCCAUCUUAUGCAAGAUGUUCCCCUCUAGCCUUGGUAAGGUGGCUUUAGCCUGGUUUCAUAAACUGGGCCCGCGAUCCAUAAGAGGAUGGAGGCAGUUGGCCGAGGAAUUCACUACUCGGUUCCUGACGAGCAGAAAGGUCCCAAAGACCUUUGAGAGUCUAUCCACCAUGAAACAGGAGGAGAACGAGCAGAUCAGGGAUUAUGCAAAGAAGUACUGGGAAACUUUCAACGAGAUUGAAAGUUGCAGUGAGGAGUACGCAAUUGCUACCUUCAAGACUGGUUUGCCUGUUCGGGGAGAGUUGCGUCGUUCAUUGAAUAAACAUCCUGUAGCCACACUGGCUAAAUUGAUGGAACGAAUAGAGCAACAUGCUAGAAUGGAGGAAGACAUACUCCGUGAGGAUGGCAGGAUGGUUGCCGAAUAGCCAAAAGCACCUGCCAAAAAGGUGGAUAAGCCAGAGCCCAAGACUUAUAGAGAGAGAAGGAAGUAUGGGCAGGCUAAGAAAGAGCCGUACAAGGAUAAGCAAGCUCCUGACCCUAAAUCUUUCUUUUCCAUCACUACGGUUUGGAAGGAGCCAAUUUAUAGGAUUCUUUAUCGAAUAAAGAAUCAGCCAUAUUUUAAAUGGCCACCAAGUCUAGGCGGAGACAACGAUGCAAAGCGUGCUACGAAUCAGCACUGCAGUUACCAUAAAGAUUGGGGCCAUAUGACCGAGGACUGUGAGAUGUACAAGAGGCACCUUGAUGAUUUGGUCUCUCGGGGCUAUCUCAAGGAAUUUAUCCUGGAGGAUCCUAAAGAGAAAGGGAAAGCUAUGGAGCUGGGUUACGAGCAAAACCCUAAAGGAGUAAUCCAUAUGAUACAUGGGUUGGCCACACCUUAUACGAGAAAUGAGGUUAGGUUGUUGCAAAGGCAAGUUAAGCACGAUCAACAUGUGAUGCGACUGGGAAACAAAA